AAACUAAUAAGUCAUCAUGGAAGGAUCAUUCAUUCCCCUCACUCAUCAUGAAAGAAUAAUUUCCAUUUUUUUAAUUGCUUACAAGAGAUUGCACACGAUCUUUUCCAUCUAUAUAACAUCAACACUUUCUCUUAUCCUUUUCCUUAUUCAACGCGAACAAUUCCCACUCGGACUCUGUCUCACACCUUCUAGUUUACAACUUUCACUCCUUUGAAAACUUCCACUUUUACGCCUUCAAAAUUAUCCUUUUACACCUCUUUUCCUCGUCCAUUUUCGUUUCCAUAAAGGGUUUCAUUCAUUAAUUCGAAUCAUUCUACUUCUUCUUCAAAUCUCCACUGAUUUUCCCUUCAAUGUUCAUAUGCUCGCUUUAGGCUAUAGUGGGUUUGGUGCAGAAAUUCGAAUCUGAUUUCGGGGCUUCACCUGCUUCUUGUUUCUUAUAUGCAAAAACAGUGACAAGUGCAUGAUGGGAAACAAUUGUCUCGGAUCGAAAACCUCAAAUGAUGCACUAUUUCCCUAUGUUCUUCCGAGUUCAUUCUGGUGGCUUCAUCAAACAAGUGUCAAAGAAAUUUCUGAUGCACCUUCAAUUGUGAGUAGAAUUCAAGACACACAUUUUCUAGAGAAUGUUCAAGAAAAGCCACCACUUGUAGUGAAAAUUAACAAUGAGGAGAUGAAGCUGAAACCAGUUCCACUUCCAACCAAUAAACACCAGAAAGAGACUAACAUGUCUUCAGGGGAACAAAUAAGGCAAAUACAAAAAAUGCCUCACAAAGUUAAGAGGCUACCAAUAGGGCUUCAAGCCGAGUCAAUUUUGAAGAGAAAAAAUGGUAACUUUAAGGAGUACUAUAACUUGGGACAAGAGCUUGGGAAGGGGCAAUAUGGAACAACAUUCCUAUGCACUGAGAAAGCCACUGGGAAAAAGUAUGCAUGCAAGUCCAUUCCAAAAGUGAAAUUGGCUAUGGAUGAUGAUGUGGAGGAUGUGAGGAGGGAGAUUGAGAUAAUGCAUCACUUGGAAGGGUGUCCUAAUGUGAUAUCAAUCAAAGGGUCUUAUGAGGAUGGUGUUGCAGUUUAUGUUGUGAUGGAGUUGUGUGGAGGGGGUGAACUGUUUGAUAGGAUAGUGGAAAAGGGGCAUUACACAGAGAGAAAAGCAGCUAAACUUGCAAGGACUAUAGUCAGUGUUAUAGAGGGGUGCCACUCCCUUGGAGUGAUCCAUCGGGAUCUUAAGCCUGAGAAUUUUCUUUUCGUUGAUGGGAAUGAAGAGUCUACUCUUAAGGCCAUAGAUUUUGGAUUGUCUGUUUUCUUCAAACCAGGAGACAUUUUUAAGGACGUGGUUGGAAGUCCUUAUUACAUCGCACCUGAAGUUCUACGGAGGCAUUAUGGUCCAGAAGUUGAUGUGUGGAGUGCAGGUGUGAUCAUAUACAUUCUCUUAUGCGGAACACCUCCAUUUUGGGGUGAAUCGGAGCAAGAGAUAUUUGAAGAAGUUUUGCAUGGUGAUCUUGAUUUCUCUUCAGAUCCUUGGCUUAAUAUCUCUGAAAGUGCUAAAGACUUGGUUAGGAAAAUGCUUGUUAGAGAUCCUAGAAAACGGAUGACAGCACAUGAAGUUCUUCGUCACCCUUGGAUUCAGGUUGAUGGAGUUGCUCCAGACAAGCCUCUUGAUUCUGCAGUUUUGAGUCGCCUGAAGCAGUAUUCUGUAAUGAGCAAGCUCAAAAAAAUGGCUCUUAGAGUUAUUGCAGAGAAUCUCUCAGAAGAAGAAAUUUUUGAACUGAAAGUAAUGUUUAAGAUGAUAGACACAGACAACAGUGGUCAUAUUACUUUAGAAAAACUUAAGGCUGGAUUGAAAAUGCUUGGUGCUAAUCUCAGUGAACCAGAAAUUUUGGAUCUAAUGCAAGCUGCAGAUGUUGACAACAGUGGCACAAUUGACUACAGAGAAUUCAUAGCUGCAACAUUACAUUUAAACAAAGUUGAAAGAGAAGAUCAUUUAGUUGCUGCUUUUUCAUUUUUUGAUAGAAGUGGAAGUGGCUACAUCUCUCAAGAUGAGCUUCUAAAAGCUUGUAAAGAAUUUGGCAUGGAGAAUGUCUGCUUGGAGGAAAUGAUCCAAGAAGCUGAUCAGAAUAAUGAUGGCCGAAUAGACUACAAUGAAUUCGUGGCUAUGAUGCAGAGAGGCAAUGCAGAUUUCAGUCAAAACGGUUUAAAGGGUGACACUGAUUUUAGUAUUGGAUUUAGGGAGGCACUAUUAGUGUGUUGAGAAAAAGUGGAAACGUUUUUUAUUCCUUUUCCUCAAGAUAUGGUGAAAUUAAUUGCUUUUGAGGAAAAUUCAUAUCAAACUUUUGGGUUUCAACUUGGUGACCUCUAAAUUCCAUCCAGGCCAGCAUUUAAGAGUGUUGAAUGCAUCAUUAUGGUUAGGACAAUUCAUAUCAACAAGUUUAACAUGAACUGAUGAUUCUUGAUAAUGGAGUUGGUAGAGGGAGUUUUUCAAGUAGUGUUUGUCAUGCUUAACACUUAGGGUUAAAGGAUUAUAAUGAGUUUGCCUAAUGUCAAAAAUAUCACUAUCUGAAUUUUAUUUCUGUCU